ACCUUUCUUUUUUAUUUCAACAUUCCUUUUUUCCUUUCGAGGAUUUAUAUCAACAUUCCUUCUUUUUUGAAGUGUUAUAUCAACAUUCCCUUUUUUAGACAAUUUAUAUCAACAUUCCUAAACACUUUGCCUCGUACAAGGCCUUACAGCCCAGAAGAGAAGACCCAUCAAAGUUUCGGACGGCCCCGAAUUCUGUGCUAGAUGUGGCCAUCCUUGUCUAAAAAAAAAGAUGUGGCCAUCCAGGAUUGUAAUUUGUCCCAAAAAAAUUCUAGAAACACACCGAUUUUCUGGUUAUUAUCUUUUCGCUCCCAAUUUUUCCCCCUCUUUUUUUUUGGCAAACCCCGAUUUUCCUCUCGAGCAAACACUUGACACGCCUACAAUUUCCAUUUUGCAACGUGCGGCAGCUUUCAAGGCCCCGUGCAUGCACCGGAGCCACGCAUCGACCACCGAAAGUUAUCCAAAACCAGCGGCAAACCAGGACGGGAGCCAACCAAGCAGCCGCGCGACCAUGAAGUGCUGGUGCACACAUGCGCCCAAGGGAGCAAUGGCGACGCCGCUCUCCAGCCCUUUCUCCGUCCCCACCCUCCGCGCCCCGCUCUGGCACGGCCGCCUCCACGCGCCUCUCCGAGCAAGCUCCGGCGAUGACGCCGCCGCCGGGCCGGAGACGCCGGCCCCGGUCGCCACCGCCCCCGCCGCCGACGAGGAGUUCGAGAAGCGCGUCCUGCAGCUGAAGUCCCGCGUCGGGCCCAAGAAGCGGGGCAGCGCCGGGGCGCGCAAGAGGAAGGCCGCCGCCGAGUCCAACGCCGUCACGCUGCCGCCGGUGCCGCUGCGGGAGCCGCGGUCCGCCCUCGGCCUGCCCGUGGAGUUCGGCUUCACCGCCUACAGCGAGCGGCUCAACGGCCUGCUGGCCACGGUGGGCCUCACCGCGCUGCUGCUGGUGGAGCUCGGCUCCGGCAAAUCCCUGGUGAAGUACCACCAGGCGCCCACGCUGUUCCUGCAGGUGUACACGAUCGUCGCGGCCGGCACCGUGUACGUCAAGUACGAGAAGGAGCGGAUCAGCGUCUGGCCGGCGCCGGCGCCGCCCAAGGCGCCGACGAGCGGCGAAUGAGCUACUAGCUCUUCUUGGUUGAUUUUGGUCUCGUCGGUAGGAUGCUUCCAUUUUGUAAUUUAUUACGUACGACCUCCUGAGUUGCCGAGCUGAGCUGUGCUGUAAAAACUGAAAUUGCUUAACCACGCGAGUUCAAAAAAAAUACAGAAUGUUUUCUUACA